CCUCCUUCUGUCUCCCACAAACGCUUCUGACCAUGCACACCGCCGUCCGCCCAUCCUCUUGCUAAUUCAAUCGCUUCUUCAAAUCUCUGAAAUCGUUUCGUGACCUGAAGCAACAACUAUGGAGAACCCACUCACCGUCAUUGUCGACAACGCGAGCGACAAGCUCGGGUACAACGGAGGGCAAUGGGAAACGGAGGAGGCACCCAACACAUUUGGCGGCUCGCAGAGCGUAUGCUUCACGGAUCGACCGUCAGGGCCUUCGAACGUCUCGUUCAGCUUCUUGGGGAGGAGUGUCGAAGUGUACGGAACCGUUGACCGCAGUCUCGUGAUGAAGACAGUGGUCAACAAGGCACCGUAUAACCCACUAGACGAGACUGCAGGAGCACCAACAGGAAGACGCGGCGUUAAACUGUUCGAGGCAGGCCUCAUCUCAGGUUCCCAUGAAGUCAGAUUGGAACCAGAAUCCGGUCAACUCUCUAUCGACUAUUUCAUCUACAGCCCAGUCGGCAAGACCAAAUUCAACGGCGAAGACCUCAUCUUCGACGAUACCCAUACCUCAUUAAACUUCACUGGCCCAUGGACACCCAUGAAAGUGACAGACCUCCCCGAGCUGCCGUUCAACUUCACACUGCUAUCGACGACACAGGCUGGCGCUAGCUUCUCUUUUGCCUUCACCGGAGAGAGUAUAUCUGUUUUUGGAGGAGCGAGACCAAAUGCCGGGCGCGUCUCUGCAGAAUACACCAUCGAUGGCUCGUCACCGACAUCUGUAGUCACCACCAACCGCCGCGAAUCGCAAGACGGGUGGACACUCCACCAAGAAUACUUCAAAUACGAAGUCAAGGAGAAGCCAGACGCAGAACACAUCCUCAACGUAACCGUCCUCGAAGCUUCAGAAGAGCAGCCCUUCUUCUUGGACUACGUGAUCGUACGAGGGAACGAGCACACCGAGAUGGCAGAGCGCCGGUUCAAGAAGACAGGUUCUGACCUUAGCAGCGCUGGAAUGAAGAUUGGACUCGUGAUCAUGGCUAUUGUCGUUGGUAUCCUCCUUUGGGUGGGCUGGACGUUUUACCGGAAACGCAGAAAGGCGAAGGGGUGUGAGUAA